AUGGCCGUAAUCGCUCUUGAAGAAGCUGGGACCCAUGCGUCGGUGCCUGAUUUCCUUCUUGUUGUUUCCUUCAUCGUACUCUGCUCAUUUUUCGGUCCUUCCCUCUAUUUUAUUUUCCCCUUCUGUCUGUUCCUCCCUCUAGCUGCUGUGCAUCUCAGUGUAGAUCUUGUUUCAACUCAUUUUUAUCUCGCCUACACUCUGCAUGCGUCCAAUCUACCAUAUUUGAUUUUCACACAGUCCUGGUCUGACCUUCAUGCUUUACAAUAUUAUUCCAUCAACCUGUCGUCCAGUGACAUCUGCUUUUAUCCAUUUACCCCCUUCUAUGUAGCCUAUAAGGGCUUCCUACAGCUUUUUUCAUUUCUUGGUUCCCCAUCUCCGCGAGCUAUGUGGGCGGAUCAGACAUGCUCCAGCCUAGACACACUUCAGGCCUCCCCUAACGAGGACUCGGUCCUUGUAUUCAUUCGCCUAGCUCGGUCUCCGGUUCGAUGGGGCUUCUUCGCCUAG